CAGGUCAUUCUUCGUUCCGCUCAUAGUGCUGCUUCUUCUUUCUUUCCUUUCCUUCCCUUUGCACCUCUAUCUGUUUACUUUUUUCCCCCAUUUCCCCCUCUUCUUACGCGUUUCGGCCUCAUUAAGGGCGUGUUUAGCUUCGGAAGGGCCAAAAAAACUGAAUAUGUUCCUAGAAAUGUCAUCAUCAACUUCCUCUACUUAACACGCCCCGAAAUUUCCAUUAUUGCGCUUCGAAUUUUCGAUCCCUCCCUUUUGUUCUGGCAGAGUGCCUUCUCUAUCCUGUGAGUUAUUUUGGUGACUGGAUGAAUAUUUGCAUCGCCUAGUUUCCAAGAACACAAUCCCUUCAGGUCUAUUUAUUGUUGGACUAAAUGUUGGGCACUGCUCAUAAGCCGUGACAAUGCCGAUCUUCUCCUUUAUAUCUCAGUGUUUCGUCCCCAGUGUAAGUAAAAACGAUGCUUCGACCCCUAGUAAUUGUGAGGGGAAAAGGAGUCAAAUAGUGAGUGUGAAUGUUGAGGUAACUAGCAACCGUUGCAGCCCGGUCCAAUCGGUGCCUGUGGUUUCUGAGGUACCGAUCAACCAUGUUCGAUCUGAGGUACUGAGCGGCCACGGCAGCAGAAAUAAAAUAUUCAAGUAUUCUGAACUUAAAAUAGCCACCAACAAUUUUGACUCCGACAGAGAGCUUGGGAGAGGAAAACAUGGGACGGUAUACCUUGGAAUUCUUAAAGAUGGGCAUUCUGUUGCAAUAAAGCAGUUGCAUGAAGACAAGUUCAGGGCCCUAAGGUUACAUGACGAGAAGCUCCACAGCGAGAAACUCGGAAAGUUCAUGAGUGAAGUUUCAAUGUUAACUUCUGUGAGCCAUGAAAACCUUGUCCAACUAUAUGGCUGCAUCUCUUCUCAAAGCAGUGAACUACUUCUAGUGCAAGAAUACAUGUCCAAAGGAAAUCUCGCUAAAUGUCUUCUUGAUUCCCUGCUCCAACCUGGUACACUCCCCUGGCAUAUCCGAUUAAAUGUUGCCAUACAAACAGCAAGUGCAUUGGCUUAUCUCCAUUCUUGCAAUAUAAUACACCGUGAUGUGAAAAGCUGCAAUAUUCUUCUUGACCACAGCUUCAAUGCUAAAGUUGCCGACUAUGGAUUGUCACACCUUUUCCCACUAGGUGUUACCCAUAUCACAACUGAUCCUGAUGGGACUCCUGGUUAUAUUGAUCCAGAGUAUUAUGAGCGUUGCCAUCUUUCUGAUAAGAGUGAUGUGUAUAGCUAUGGAGUAGUGCUGAUUGAGCUAAUAUCAUCCCAGCCAGCAUUUUUUGAGGAUUAUGAACAUCCCUGCCUUUCUGAUUAUGCCGUCAAUAAAAUCCGUGGCAGACAACUUGGAAGCCUUGUGGAUCCUGCUCUUGGAUUUGAAUCAGAUGACUGGAUUACUCAAUCAAUUAAUGCAGUGGCAGAGUUGGCAUGUAGCUGUUUGCAACGCCACAGAGAUAGGAGACCUUGCAUGGAAGAAGUGUUGGAUAGGCUUAAGAGCAUUAGAAGUGCAAGAACUGGAACUUCUCUUUCCUGGGAUCCAAACUGUUUGUAAAAUUAAUUUCACCAGAAUUCAUACCUGCCUGAUGAUUCACAUGAGAAGGCAUACAAAAAUUGAACAUUGAUAUACUCUGCUCCUUUUGUCGUUUGUUGGGAAUAUUCUUGGUUUUUCUAUUAUAAUGACAAGGUUGCUGCUA